AUGACCGAUUUCCUCUCCCCUUCUACUGCCAUAGAAAUUAUCAAAGACGACAAACAAGGAGAAAAUGGAUACUUGGUCAGCGGCUUUGAAAGCGGGCCAAGCCGUCCACCCACGCCACACGGAGCUGGAUUACCAGAAAACUUCGCUGAAGUCGUCCAAGGCGUAUACAGAAGUAGCUUUCCUCUACCAGUGCAUCUCGACUCUAUUGCCCGUCUUAAUCUUAAGACCAUUAUAACCUUAGUUGACGAAAAAUGGUCUCCUGAUUAUGGCGAAUUUAUCCGCAAAAAUGGAAUUAAGUCCCAUGUCAUUCCCAUUUUGGCAAACAAAGCCCCGCAGGUCUCCACGCCCUAUGAAACUGUCAUUGAAGUACUAAAGAUUAUUUUGAACCCGAUGAAUCAUCCCGUAUUAAUUCACUGCAACAAAGGCAAACAUCGAACCGGAUGUAUUAUCGCCUGCUUUCGCAGAGUUCAAGGGUGGUCUCUCAUGGCUGCGCUCCAGGAAUAUCAGAAAUAUUCUACACCUAAAUCGCGGGUGCUAGACCGCAUUUACAUCGAGGAAUUCGACUCAGAUUCCCUCUGUGACCUCGUUGAAAAAGUGGGGGCUCGCAAAUGGCUUCCGACAAUUAUUCCAGUCGAUAACAUCGGGAAAGACAAACUCGAAACAUCGCAUAUCAGCCUUAAUGAUCAAUUCCCGAAAGCCGAAAGUGCACCUCCUAGCCACUUCAAUGCAAGUUUAGAGGAACUCCACAGAAUCAACUCCAUCUAA